GGAGCCACUGCACCCGCCCCCUGGCUGCGGUUAUCGCGAGUCGGCAACCGUUAAAGAGCACAGCCCUUUGUUGUAGUUGUAGCUGACCUUUGGACUUCUCCUCGGCUGUAAUUAUUUGCACUGUGUGUCCUUUCACCAUGGCGGCGAGCGCAAAACGAAAACAAGAGGAGAAACACCUGAAGAUGCUGAGGGAAAUGACGAGUUUGCCUCCCAACAGAAAGUGCUUUGACUGCGAUCAGCGCGGCCCAACCUAUGCCAACAUGACUGUGGGCUCGUUCGUGUGCACCUCCUGCUCCGGCAUCCUACGAGGACUGAAUCCGCCCCACAGAGUCAAGUCCAUCUCCAUGACGACCUUUAUGCAACAGGAAAUCGAGUUCUUACAGAAACAUGGCAAUGAGGUAUGUAAACAGAUUUGGCUUAGUCUUUAUGAUGACAGAACCUCAUCAGUACCAGACUUCAGAGAACCACAAAAGGUCAAAGAGUUCCUUCAAGACAAAUAUGAGAAGAAGCGAUGGUAUGUACCUCCUGAACAAGCCAAGGUAGUGGCAUCAGUCCAUGCAUCCAUCUCUGGCUCCUCAAACAGCAGCACUAACAGCACCCCAGAGGUUAGACCCCUCAAAACCCUGCUGGGGGACUCUGCCCCGACACUGCACCUCAGCAAGAGUACCCCACCAAAUCAGUCUCCAGUUGUCAGCCGUGGACAAACCCAUCCGCAGCAAUUCCACGACAAGAAGUUCGACCUCCUCAGUGACUUGGGUGGAGACAUCUUUGCCGCCCCGCCUUCCAAUGUGAACGCAGCUGCCGGCUCCACUUUUGCUAACUUUGCACAUUUCAACAGCCACACAAUGCCACAGAACACCAGUGCAGGGGCAGACUUUGCUCAUUUUGAUGCAUUUGGGAAUGGUUCUGAGUCGACGGGUGGUUUCCCCUCUUCACCCCAAGCUGCAUUUCAGCCCCCAAAUACAGGAGGAGCUGUUCCUGCUGGGGUGAGCGCUGCAGCAGCAGGAGGAGUUUCUGGUUUGGUUCAGAAGCAGCCAGCAGGUACAGGAGGGGGAGACCGCUACGCUGCUUUAGCAGAGCUUGAUACCGUCUUCAGCUCUGCUGCUCCUGCCACCAGUGUUUACAACACCUCCAGCACCUCAAAGGGCGGUGUGUUUGGAUCAGAGACGGUGGCGUCAGCAGCACAAGCACAUCAAGCCAUGCCCGGUGGCGUUCAGGGUUUUGGAGUACCACCAUCAACUAAUCCAUUUGUAGCUGCUGGCCCUGUUGCCCCUCCCACCAACCCAUUCCAGUGUAAUGGCAGAGCACCACAUGUGGCGGCGGCAGCAGCAUCUUUUGGCACAGGCUCCAUGAGUAUGCCAGCUGGAUUUGGGAACGCUGCAGCCUACAAUCUCCCCACCAGCUUUAGUGGAACAUUCCAGCCAGCUUUUCCUGGCCAGGCUCCUUUCCCUCAGCCUCCUGCAUAUCCUCAACAACUUAACGGAGGAGGAUUUCCAGCCUUCGGUCAGGCCAAGCCUGUUGUGGCUCCGUUUGGACAGGCUGUGACAGCCCCAGUGGUCCCUUGCAACCCCUUUCUGGGUUCAGGUCCACCUCCACAGUAUCCAGCCGGAGGCUCCUCAACAAACCCCUUCUUAUAGCGAGCCAUCUUGUCAGCUGCCCUACAGGGUCAACGCCUGGCGCACUUGCACCUAUUGCACUGUUUUGUUUCACAAGUAGCUUUAAAAAAACACAAUGUUUGUAAGAAUUUGUAUUUUCUAUCGCGGUUUGUCACAAACAGAACAAUGUGCG